UUUCUGCGCUAGUAGGUCUAGCCUAGGGGUUUUUUAAAAGAGAAAACUACAGGGCCUAUGCAUAGGAAGGAUUGUGUUUAGGAUUAAAUUCUAGCCUAAUGUGUUGUAAGAGAUAAAAUAAAUAUAACAGCCCGAUUGUUUAUCUAUUCAACAAGUGACGUGUUGACAGUCCGGUGAUGACACUGUUAUUGUUUCAUGACUCAUGGGAAGGAUGGUGUCAGUCUUAUUGGCAUAAAGCAACACAUUUAAUUCUAGGGGCCAAGAGUUUAGACCUACUAGGCUAGAAUGUCAGUGGACCUUGUAUGACAAUUGAACGCAAGCAUUGGGAUUUAAAACGAAAAGUUGUUAAUUGAUUUUAAAAGCAUGGCUUGGCCGCGGUGCUUUCAGUAUAUCACGUUUGAGUCGUUUUUGCUAACGCAUAGCCGUUACGAUGAUUUUCUUCUUCCCAUGUGGACGGACAGCGCCCUGCUGUACGCCGUGUGGUCAUCGCUGUGCAGCCUCUACGGUCUGUGCGUCAUCUUCUACAGCGGGACCGGCACCGGCUACGGCGUCAAGAUACUCAUCUGGCUAACCUACUGGUCGUUUUUCUGCCUGACCGCCCGCUUCAUCUGCACCGCCGUCAACUGCUGGUUCUACAUCUUCAACCAGAGGUCAACAAAGAACAACAGCAGAGCGGGGGAGGAUGACGUGUUCAGUAUUAGCGACGGCGACCAGUCAAUAAACAAUAACGGAAGUUAUUCCCCCAUGCACGUGGUGGAAAUCAAAACAGCGCGUGGCUACCGGGAGCUAGAGGUCAAUGACGAGCUUCCGGCGGGGAUUUCGAGCCAGUGGUUUCUGCAGAACGUCACCAACGCCACGUCGAUACUGGUAACGGCGAUGUUUUGGGGUAUCGUGUAUUCAGGAAAUCCUCAGACGUACAUGAGCAUAAACUCGCAUGUGCUGAACUCAUUACUCGUACUCUCAGACAUUAUGUUAAACAGGGCACCAAUCAGAAUCCAGCAUGCUCACAUGCCAGUCAUCUUCCUCAGCAUCUACAUCACCUUCACCCUUAUCUACUGGGGCGCAGGGGGCACCAAUCACAAAGGGCACAUGUACAUCUACCGAGUACUCGACUACUCUGGCAGGCCUGGCACGGCAGCCAUCGCUAUAUGUGUCGUGGCUUUAAUAGCUGUCCCACUCAUCCAGGUUUUCCUGUAUGGGCUCUAUCGUUUGAGGACGGCUUUACAUGCGCGGUGGAGGACAACACGAGUCUACCUACAAAAUCAUAACGACAAAUCUUUGCCUGAUUCAAAACAAGAAACAAACAACACUUUUACUUAUAAAAAAGAAAAUGGGGAACAAUUUACUUGUGAGUUGAAUUCAGAAGAUAGCUUAUCUUAAUACAACUUUAGAAGCUUGUAAGCAAUUAAUAGCUUAAAUUAUGAUCAAAGUUAUUGAUAAUUUAAAUAACAAAAAAAAAGGAUUUGUUUGAAAUGUGACAGUCAAAUUAUUAACUG